AUUUGCCAGUGGUUGGGGUUUUGGUUUUUUAUUUCUAGGGUUUCGUUUCUCUUUCAAUAGGCUUUCAAUCCCUCCCUCCAUUAACCAAAACCCUUGAAGAAAAAUCUUGAGAAAGGAUGGGAAGAUACAGAAGUAGAAGCAGAAGUUACAGUCCUCAACGGAGUAGAAGCCCUCUUCCUCCUCCUCCUCGUUCUUCUCGUAGUAGUAAGCGUGGUUACGAUGAUGAACCAAGAGAAUCUUAUCACAGAGGCAGUAGUAGUCACAGGUCUUAUGGAAGCGAUAGAGAUAGAGAUAGUAGACGUUCUUCUGGUCCUACUGGUUUACUUAUUCGUAACAUCUCCCUUGAUGCCAGGGUUGAAGAUCUGCGGAUCCCAUUUGAACGUUUUGGUCCUGUCAAGGAUGUAUAUCUUCCUAAGAAUUAUUACACUGGAGAACCUCGAGGCUUUGGAUUUGUUAAGUUUCGGAAUGCUGAUGAUGCAGCUGAAGCCAAGCAUCAAAUGAACCAUCAAGUCAUUGGUGGGAGAGAGAUUACAAUUGUCUACGCUGAAGAAAACAGAAAAACUCCACAAGAAAUGCGUAAGACCACUCGUGUCAGCAGUAGUGGUCGACAUGGAGGAGGGGGGUAUAGAAGGCGAUCACCACCAAGGUCCCCAAGACGUCGCCACCGCUCCUAUUCAAGAUCCCCUUCACCUGCUAGACGUGAAUCAAGAGGCAGGGAUCGUGGUUCGAGAGAUGACUAUUCUCCAAGACGUCCCAUCUCAAGGUCACCCGGGCGGUCCAUCUCAAGGUCACCAAGACGUCCCAUCUCAAGGUCACCCGGGCGGUCCAUCUCAAGGUCACCAAGACGUCCUAUCUCAAGGUCACCUGAACGGUCCGUCUCCAAGUCACCAAGGCGUCCCAUCUCCAAGUCGCCAAGAUGUUCCAUCUCCAAGUCACCAAGACGUCCUAUCUCAAGGUCACCUCCUCCACGGGAUGAGAGGGACUAUGGAUCUGACCGAAGGUCACUUAGCCCUCCACCAGCCAAAGUUCGAAGUCGAUCAAGAUCUCAUGAAGAGGACCACAGGCCAGAUCAGAGGUCACCGAGCCCUGAGUCUAAGGUUCAUAGUCCACCAAGGUCCUCGCGUGAUGCGAGGGACUAUGUAUCGCCGAGUCCAGGAGUUAAUGGUCCGAGUCCCUCUAAAUCUCGUUCACCCAGCCGCAGUCCAUGAUAUAACUUCGAGACACGAAGAAUGGGCUGAUCAUAGCAUGGAUUUCGCUAGUGGACGAACUUGCUACUGGUGUUUCCUGGAAGCUAGCUUGUAAUUUUUUUUUCAGUUGCAAGAACAAUAAGCACAUUUAGGUUUUUAUAUUGAUUUUCUUCCUCUGUAAGAUUAAAAUAUGUAACUAGAAUGCUUCCAUGAAGGCUACUUUUAUGGAUGCUAAAAUUUUCCAUUUUCCUUUACUUGUGUUCUUCCAUUGCUUUGCA